CACCUGCUUGCUGGCAGGGCUCUGCCUGUGGCCGCAGCAGAGAAGCCACUGUCCUUCCACCCCCAGCACCAGACCACCAGUUCAGAGACCAGCCUCCCUGGGGGGACCAGCCACUAAGCAUCACUGGCACCCAGGAAGCCAUCCUCAGCAGUAUCAACAUGUCUCGGCCCAGCAGCAGAGCCAUUUACUUGCAAAGGAAGGAGUACUCUCAGAACCUCAACUCAGAGCCCACAAUCCUGCAGCAUAGGGUGGAGCACUUGAUGACGUGUAAGCUGGGAACGCAGAGAGUACACGAGUCCAAGGAUGCCCUGCAGAAGCUGCAGGAGAUGGAUGCCCAAGGCCAGGUGUGGAGCCAAGACUUGAUCCUGCAGGUCAGAGAUGGCUGGCUCCAGCUGCUGGACAUCGAGACCAAGGAGUCAGGACAGCAAGGCACCAGCACUCUGCUCUUCCAGUGCCAGGAAAUGGGGGCAGAGCGGCUGAGGGCCAGCCUGCAGAAGGCCCUGGAGGAGGAGCUAGAGCAAAGCAUACCUCGAUUUAGAGCCCUUCAGCCAGGCCAGGACAGAUGGAGGGGGUCUUCUCUGGAAAGGCCGCUCCCUCUGCAGCAGGCACCCCCACUGGAGCAAAGGGUCCUUCCAGAGCAGCCCCACCAGAUGACCCCAGAACACAACCUCCUGUCAUCCCCAAGGCCCCUGCCAUGCCACCCCAGUGUCCAAGAACAAAGAGCUUUCACUCCACUUCCUCCAAGGCGGUCCCCAUCCCCUGAAGACCCACAGAGGGAUGAGAUGGUGCUGAACCAUGUCUUAAGUGACAUCGAGCUGUUCCUGGGAAAGCUGAAGGAGGCCCAGGCAAAGAUCAACUAUAAGAAGAAGAGAUUUGGGAAGAAAAACAAGGAUCAGGGGGGGCCGACAGAAGCACAGUACAUUGACUGCUUCCAGAAGAUCAAGUACAGCUUCAACCUUCUAGGGAGGCUCGCCACUAUGCUGCAGGAGAUGAGUGCCCCAGACUUCGUGCACCUCCUCUUCCAAAGUCUGGACUUGAUCCUGGCCCAGUGCCCUGAGGCAGGCCUAGCAGCCCAAGUGAUCUCACCCCUCCUCACCUCCAAAGCCAUCAGCCUACUGCAGUCCUGUUUAAACCCACAUGAGAGUAACCUCUGGAAGGGACUGGGCCCUGCCUGGACUACCAGCUGCAAUGAUUGGACAGGCCAGGAGCCUCCACCCUACCAACCCACAUUCUACGAUGGCUGGCAGCUUCCAGAGAACUCCAACCAGGCACACUUAGGACUCGAGGACUCCAUUUCCCUCCGGAGAAGUCCUGGAUUAGAGAGCACAUCUCACUUUGCCCAGGAGAAGACACACAACCAUGGCCCUCAGCCUGGGGACCCCAACUUCCAGCACUCUAGCAGCACACUUGUCAAGCCAGCCCUGAAAAUGCAAGUUCUGUAUGAGUUUGAAGCUAGAAAUCCCCAGGAACUGACUGUGGUCCAGGGAGAGGUGCUGGAGGUCCUGGACCAGAGCAAGCGGUGGUGGCUGGUGAAGAAUGAAGCAGGACAGAAUGGUUACAUUCCCAGCAACAUCCUGGAGCCCCUACAGUUGGGGACUCCCAAGAGCCAGGGCCAGUCGCCUCUUAGGGCUCCAAGGAUUCGCCUUAGCUCGAAGCCCGAGGAGGUCACGGCCUGGCUGCAGGCAGAGAAUUUCUCCACUGUUGAGGACCCUUGGGGCCUUAACAGGGAACCAGCUGCUUCACAUGAGACCUGGGGAGCUACAGAUGCUGUGUCCACAGGAGGCCCCACGGGUCCUGACACGCCUGGAGGCUGUCAGAAGGAUGCUGGGGAUGAGUCUUUAGGCACCAGUUUAGACAUCUCCAAGGCUAAGGCCCUCGCAUAUGCAAGAUGGCAGAUCUGACACUCCUAGAACACCAAGAAUUCCUCUUCAAGGUCCCUAUGUUGCAGCAAACCUCACACCCUGGCUCACACAGCAAAAAGGAUGAACAGACCCAGAAGUUGAAGCAAAUGGUGCCCCUUCUGGCUGAGAGCCAUCCCCAGUGAUUGCCUAUUUAUUUUCUCUCUUUUCCGAGCUUGGCAUACUUCUGCCUAGGCUUGUUAGGAGUCUAUUCGGUCCCUCUCCUUCCCAAUAAAAGCAUCUUCAGGCCCUCACAGCUUCUUCUGGAUGUGAUUGGAGCCAAAAGCAGGGAGGCAGGGAGGGCUGGAAUGCUGGGCGUGAAGCAGCAGCAAUGAUACAUUCAUCAUGGAGCCAGACUGAACGUGAGUGGGAAUUCACACUGCAACAUGGAGCUGGGCAUCAGAAUUUGAGAAUUGUGGUCUAAGCUCUCCUCACUCUUUCUAAGUAAACUCCAAAAUAAGACUGUGCUCACCAUCUUCUCCUGCAUACAUUUCUUCCAGUGCAUUCCAAGGCACCCAGUAUAGCCAAAGGCAUAAGGCUUCAAAGAGCACCAGGCUGACAGCUAUAGGUUUCGGUCAACACUGGCCAGCAAUCCGGAGCAGCACUGGCAAACAAGGCAGGUGCACCAGGCUCUACUUGGUAACAAUAGGCUAUUUUUUUUAAAAGAGGGGGGUCUCAUUCUUGGUCAGGCUGGUCUCAAACUCAUAAGCUCAUGUGAUCCACCUGCCUCAGCCUCCCAGAGUGCUAGGAUUAUAGGCAUAAGCCACCGCGUCCAGCCUAAGUACCCUUUUUUUAAUCUCAAAACUGUCAUGCACUUCACCCCCCACCCCACAUAACAGUAGUUACACUUUCAUUGAUUUAGUCUACAGACAAGGCCUAAUGUACUUCUAAAUUUGAGGGUUCUUAAGAUGUUCCCUUGGGCUUCCCACUUAAGUUCUCCCCUCCACUCCUAGAGGUUCUGUUUCCCCUCUUUUGCUUAUCAAUCUAUCAAUAAACUCUGUCCUUCCACUUGGGGGGAAAAAAUAAAAGGUGUUCCCUUAAGUCUCUCUUAGAUGACUUUGUCCCUGACCCUAACAUUGUCUGGGC